AUGACCGAUCAAGAAAAGAAACCAGAUAAUUAUGUUCUUUUACAAGGGUCUGGGGAUCAUGUAGAAAUUUCUGUUGAUGUGCAGGACGACGAUAAUAAAAGCUCCAAAGGAUCGAAAAUCUUUAAAGAGUUUACCAACAGACAUUUCAAACAUAGAAAAGAAAAAUCUUCGGAUGAUGACUUCUACGUAGAAAAAUAUGGAAUAAAGCGAAUAGAAUUAAUUAAUCCAGAGCGCGAAGUAUAUUUAUUACUGGAUGGAGCUGAUGUUACUGUAUUUCUCGAAAUGCAAGAAUGGAUCAAGAACAAUCCACAUAAAUCUCUCAAGCAAACGAUUAAUGAAUUCGAAAAAAAGCCAAAUGCCGACAAAGCUGACGCGUUCGCCAAAAUCUUAUAUGAUCAACCAUUUCCCGAUUUCAUCCUAAAAUAUUCGAAUAAUGAAGAUGAAAAAGAUUUACUACCUAAUACAAAACGUCGCUUCAAAUUUGAGCGACUACUUUUGGAAGCUGGCCUUGUCGUUGAGCAUGAAGAAGAUAUGUAUUCUGAAAACACAUAUGUUAAAAUUUGGACCCCGUUUUAUCGCUUGUGCGAAGAAGCACAUCGUAUGAGGUUAAAACUUCCAUUGGACGUUAGCAGAAUGAAGGAGUUCGAAUGGUUGGAAGAGAGACAUUCAUUUCUAUCAAAGCUUACAAGUCACUUCUCUCGAAAUAUUGACUUGCAAAAAGAAUCAGCAUUCUUCAAAAAAGACAAAUUGCGUCAGUAUAAAGGUGCAGAGCUUGACAAAGAUUUUGGCGAAAUUGCUUUAAAUUUUUGGAGCGGUGCGAAACGCAAUUAUGUGACACAUCACAUAAUAAUUACUGCUAAUCAAGUAAAAAUGAAAAAGUCACCACAAGAUGAAAACCCGAUUUAUAUUAAACAUCGUAUCAGAUCCUUAGCUAUAAAAGCAUUAUUAAAAGACGACGUAUACACAGGAUUUUUCACACUACACGAUGGACCUGUUAAACCACGGACAAUCACUUACCCAGAAAAUCUCCGGAGCAAACUAUUUAGAACGUGGGUCAAAAGUCAUGGAAGCCAACCUUUGCAGGAAAUUAGAGAGUAUUUUGGCGAAAAGAUGGGCUUGUAUUUUGCUUGGUUAGGCUUUUAUACAACGUGGUUGACAAUCCCUGGGAUAUUAGGCUUCAUUACUGUUAUUUAUGGUUUAAUCGCAGCAGCAAUAGAGAAUGAUUUUACCAAAGGCAUCAACGGAAUUUCAACAAUAUGGGACAAUGCGCUUUCUUUCCCUUACGCUCUGGCGAUGUCUAUCUGGGCUACUUGCUUUCUCGAGACUUGGAAACGAUUUAAUGCAGCUCUGGUUUAUGAUUGGGAUACUUCUGAUUUCGAGCGAGAGGAACAACCAAGGCCUGAAUUUAAAGGAACAGUUAUACGGAAAUCUCCAAUUACAUCCAAAAAGGAAAUUACAUUUCCAUUAAGAGAAAAAUUAAAAAAAUUAUUAAUAUCAUCAACAAUCGUCUUCGUUUCGAUUUGUAUUGUCACCGUUACGAUCGGCAUGUUGACAAAUGUUUUACGUUUGAACAUUGGGGUUUUGAGCAAUGUGGUUGCAAGCUUAGUGAAUUUGGCGACUGUUUUGAUUUUAAAUUUGCUUUACGAAAAGCUCGCUGUGUGGCUCACUGAUUAUGAAAAUCAUAGAACUUCGACGGGCUAUGAAGGAAAGGCGGCACCUUUUCAUAAUAAUGCAGACGUAUGCCAAUUUCAUAGUUGUAUGGUUGAACUAACAAUUCAAUUGGCUAUUAUUCUAAUUGGUAAACAAGGCAUUAGUCAGAUCCAAGAAAUUUUUGUUCCGUGGAUAACGAGCAGAAUGCAUAGAGAUGUAUUAAAGCAAGAUUUGGAAAAGUUAAAAGAAGUUUACAAGUCUGCUUCAAGAAAAUCAAAAAAGAUACCACAAUGGAUUUAUGAUAUCGUACAAUUCGGCUUUAUUUCACUAUUCGCAACCGCGUUUCCUUUAGCUCCGUUCUUCGCCUGGAUUCAUAAUGUAACAGAGAUUCGCAGCGACGCAUUCAAGUAUAUUACAACAUUACAAAGACCAGUCGGCUUUCAAGCGCAAGAUCUUGGAAUGUGGGAAAAAAUUCUGCAUUUCGUGUCGUUGCUCGCAGUAAUUACAAACGCAACGAUCAUCGCGUUUCAAUCAAGCUACAUGCGUGGAAUUUUUGAGCAUUUUCAUUUCGUAUUCUUCAUUAAAAUACUAUUUGCCUAUGCGAUUCCCGAUGUCCCGAAAUCGGUGCGUAUCGCUAUCGAGCGUGAACGAUAUUUGACGCGUCUCGCGCUCGAAGGCGAAGAACCGGCAGCUGAUGAGUUUCUUGAUGAGACAGAAACUGCCGAAAAGAUGUUCGAUAAUAAGAAAAAGACAAUAAAGUAUUUGAAUAACGAACAAAAUAAAGCUUUGAAGGAGAAUGAAAUGUAA